UACAAACAAAAUGGAAAUGUUGUCACUUUAAAAGUAGUUGUUUGCUCAUGCAACUAUAGCUGCUGCUGCUGGUGACUGUCUGCUUCUGAAUAUUAGUUCAUGAGUUAGAUCAAACUCAGCGAUAAGCGUUAAUGAGUGAAACUUUAGCCAUAGAAGUGGAGGAGGCGAGCUCCCUGUUUCUCCACUGCAGGAUCUGGUUUCACGCACUUGUCAACUGUGCAUCCAAACACUGAGCUGUGUGGCUCGUAACGUCGUUUCUGUGUCUGCUGCCGAGUGUUUGGGAGGCAGUUUUUAUUCUGAUGGAGACGAGAAUGGAACCAAGAAACCAAACAUCCAGAAUUAGAUGAUAGGAGGCUGGUUGGGAUGACUGUGUCAUGGGCGCAGAGCGCGAGGAGAACGAGCCGACGAGCGGAGACGAUGAUGAAGCUCAACAGGACACAGCUAGUAUUGCGGACGUGUCAGUGGAGGUGGCCACAGUGGACCACACUCUGCAGAAGCUCUGCAGGAAGUUCAGAAAGACCAGACGGAAGCCCAAGGGACUCAAGAGGCUGUGGGCCCACCUGCUGAACGUCCCUCACCUGGCUCUCAUCAUAGCAGCGGUGGUGUUUGUGGUGGUGGUGAUCAUAUGGUCCCUGCUCUGGGUCUUCAUAUUCCGCAGGGAAAGCAACAGCGGAGCGUACUUUGCCGGGAUGUUCCGUCUUGCCAAUGUGGAGUUCAUCCCCGAGUACCGGCAGGCUGAGUCCCACGAGUUUGUGUCCAUGGCAAACAAAAUACAACAUGUGGUGAGCAACGUGUACAAGAUGUCCUCAGUGGCCAGACUGUACAAGCAAGCUGUGAUUUCAGACCUCAGUAACAGUAAAGAUGGCGUGCUGGUGCAUUUCUGGAUGGUGUUCGUGGUCCCUCGUCUGAAGAGCCCUGCUGUGUGUGAGGAGUGUGUGGGCGUCAUCUUCAGAGACUCCGUCCAUACCAGCCUCAGGAACAGGACGUCUGUCGGAUACUUACUGAGCCUUCCAGUCGACAUAGACUCCAUCCUCAUCAACGCUGUUCAGCGCUCAGACUACACAUCUAAUGCUGCAGCAGGCUCACAGUGUGUCGAUAAGAUGCACGCCAACCAUCCUGGGGCGAGGGUCCCUCUAAACGUCUUUUCAUCAUGGGGUGGUGUGAGUUGCCAUGUGAAGCUCACCGUCGUCCCCGGUGCCCUCGUACGUCUGACCAUCACCUCGUUCUUCAUUGAGCCCAGCGACUGCGUGCAUGAUGCUCUGACCGUGUAUGAUGCCCUGCUGCCCAUGAGGGGGCGCAUUCUGCACAAGCUGUGUGAGCCAGUGUCCGCCUCCUUCUCCCUCGUCUCUACCUCCAACGUCAUGUUGCUGUCCUUCAGAAUGACGAACGGCAACAAGACCUUCAGAGGACACUUUGAGGCCAUCACAGAGGAAAUUUGCCUGUCUCAAAUUGAGACCCAGUUCGAGCCUGACGUCACUGGUCACAUCUACAGCCCCUUCUACCCCAGCAUGCUGCCCCCUAAGUGUUUCUGCACCUGGAGGUUUGAGACCUCUAAUCGUGCGUUAGGAGUCGCUCUGCAGUUUCAGAACUACGUGCUGAAACCAAAGGGCAUGAAGGGCUGUGACCACGGCUGGUGGAAGGUCAAUGAAAUCAUUUUCUGUGGCAGCUACGUGGGACACCGCACGGUGUUUCGAAUCGCCGACCACAGCCCAGAGGUGGAGUUUCGCUGCAGCUCACGUAACUCUGCUCAGCCGUUUCAGGCGUCGUACAGCAGCUUCAACAUCAGCCAACCCUGUCCAGAGAGCCACUUCCUGUGCUCCACUGGACUGUGUGUGGAGAAAAGUCGACGCUGUGAUGGCCUGGACGACUGCCAGGACGAGAGUGACGAGGUCUUCUGCUUGAGCGUCUAUAUUUACCUGAGCGAUAAGUCACAUGAUGGAAGAAUGAUACAUGUUUUGGCAGCGAGGCCUACGAUGAACUGUGGCGGCAAAAGUCCUCCACAUCCUCUGUUUGUGUGCAAUGGAGAGACGGAUUGCACUGAUGGAAGCGAUGAGAUCAACUGCACUCAGGAAACUACCUGCUCUGCGAUCAGGUACCAGUGCAGCAGUGGCUCCUGCAUCCUGAAGAAGAACGCUAAAUGUGAUGGAGUUCAUGACUGUCGGGACCGCAGCGAUGAGGCGGACUGUGCCUGUGGCCGUCAGACCCAGGUCAAUAAGGUGGUUUCAUCCUCGGGCCCUGAACGCAUCGUGGGUGGCGAUAACUCUGUGGAAGGGGAGUGGCCGUGGCAGGUCAGCCUCCACUACUCUGGUAACCUUUACUGUGGCGCCUCUGUCCUCUCCUCCAAUUGGCUCAUCUCCGCUGCACACUGCUUCAGCAAAGAAAGGCUGUCAGACCCACGUCACUGGAGCGCUCAUCUGGGCAUGCUGACGCAGGGCAGUGCCAAACACGUGGCAGAGAUCCAGCGGAUUGUGGUGCACGAGUAUUACAACGCGUACACAUUUGACUAUGACAUCGCCCUGCUGCAGCUGAAGAAGCCCUGGCCUUCCUCCCUCGGUGCGCUGGUCCAGCCCGUGUGUCUGCCCCCCAUCUCCCACACAGUCACCAAGAGCCACCGCUGCUGGGUCACCGGGUGGGGAUACCGCUCAGAGGAGGACAAGGUGCUGCCAUCAGUUCUGCAGAAAGCAGAGGUUUCCAUAAUGAGUCAGACCGAGUGUAAGAAGAGCUACGGCCCUGUCUCACCCCGCAUGCUGUGUGCCGGGGUCCCCUCCGGAGAGAGGGACGCCUGUCGGGGUGAUUCUGGGGGUCCUCUGUCCUGUCAGGCACCAGGCGGGGGUCGCUGGUUCCUCAUUGGUAUUGUCAGCUGGGGGGCGGGUUGUGGGCGACCCAACCUGCCUGGCGUCUACACCAGGGUCAACAAGUUCACCUCUUGGAUCUACAGCCAUAUCAGCGGAGAGGGGGAGUUGAAGGGGCCCACCCAGUCGCUGAGCCCCCCCACGAAGCCUGAGGAGGAUGGAGUAGAGCAGAGGACGGAGGGGGGGCGAGCUCCGGCCUGUGGCUCCUGGAGGAGGUGGAUGCUGGGUCUCCUGCCUUUCUUUCCCUUCACUGCUGCCGUUGCACUGACCCUCCACUACUUAACAUCGCCGCCCUCCUCAGUGUUCUUCCUCGGUGGCAGCAUGGAGUUCCCAAACCUGAGCUUCUCUUCAGAACUGACUGACUCCACCUCCCCACAGUUCCGCCUGCAGGCUCAGGCUUUGAACCAUUAUUUCUCAGAUCUCUACGAGUCGUCGCCGUGGAGCUGUUACUACCUGCGCUCAGGAAUCACGGCCUUCAGUGAAGGAGCAGAGGGGCUCAAUAUCUUCUACUGGAGUCAGUUCUACGCCCCGGACGAUGUUGCCAUGGCGAUCCGGAUGUCCAGCCCGGAGAAGCUGCAGCGCAGGAUCCCCGGCAGCAACAAGGUGCAGCGCUACUACAUGGAGCAGGAUGAGGACAUGCUCCACCUACUGGGUUUGGACCCUGAUGACUUUGAAUCGGAUGAAAAAUCAGGCAAGAUAAAGAAUCCCAGCAGCCUGCAGAGUGGAAAGUGGCAGCUCGGCUUCCAAGCAAUGUCCUUUGACCUCUACGCCAAAUACGGCAACAACCGCACGCUGAGCCUCGUGAGUCCCAAGAAACCGUACUACCAGUGGCGACUACGCGUGCCAUCAGGUCACGUGGUUCGGCUGGUUAUCCUCACCCUGCAUGGUGCCACGCCAGGAAGCUGCACUGCCCACAAGCUCUCGGCCUACGACUUCCUGCUUCCUUUACAGAACAAGAUCAUUGCCAGGUGGUGUGGACUGCCUGUUUUGGGUUCGUCUCCGGUCAUGAAGCUGACGUCCUCUGGGAACGUCAUGUUAGUCACCUUCUCCUUCAGCAGACAGAGAGAUGGAGCCAUAUUCAAGGCAUAUUUCCAGGCCAUCCCGAAAGCAGGUUGUGGAGGAUCUCUCUCCUCUUGGAACGGUUCUAUUUCCUCGCCCUACUACCCUUCCUAUUACCCUCCCAAUAUAGACUGCGUCUGGACACUGCGGGCGCCGUUGCCAGGAUACCUGAUCUCAAUGACGAUCGUGACUAUGGACAUUCAGGAUUCCUCGUCAUCGGACGGCUGUGAGAAAGACUGGCUGGACAUCGGAGGGGUCAAACUGUGUAACCCAGUGUCAGACAGCAGCAAGAAGCGAGUGUACUCCUCUCCACUCUCCCUUCACUUCCGCUCCGAUGAAUCACUCACUCAUAAGGGCUUCUACUUGCUCUACAGAGCUUUCUCUCCAGAGAGCACUUGUCCUCGUCAGUUUCGCUGUGGAGAUGGCCGCUGCAUCCCGCUGAGGAAAGUGUGUGAUGGAGUGAAAGACUGCUCAGAUGGACGGGACGAGGCUAAAUGCUCGUCCUGCAGGCCCGGGGAGGUGAUGUGUGGUAACGGCCAGUGUAAACCUCAGAGCAGCCAGUGUGUUAGUCAGAGCACGUGUGCGGACAGCAGCGAGGAGGGCACCUGUGGGAGUAAAUGUUUUCACGCGUGUCCCAACAAGCUGUGUUUGCCAAAGUCCUCAGUGUGUGACGGUGUCGCCGACUGCAAAGACCGCAGCGAUGAACUCAACUGUACCAGAGCAUAUUUUAAAGGCUGCUCCUCAUCCUCUUACAAAUGUGCCAAUGGAAAGUGUGUUGGUAAGAUCAACCCUGAGUGUGAUGGGGUCAAAGAUUGUUUUGAUGGCUCUGAUGAAAUGCGCUGUAGUUGUGGCACCAGGCCCAGGAAGCGCACAAAGAUAGUUGGCGGCUCUGAUGCUGGAGCGGGUUCCUGGCCGUGGCAGGUCAGCCUCCAGAUGGAUCGCUACGGCCACGUCUGUGGAGCCACACUGGUCUCCAGCCGCUGGCUCAUCUCUGCAGCCCACUGCUUCCAGGACUCAGAUGCCAUUAAAUACUCAGAUGCCCGAGCAUGGCGGGCCUACAUGGGAAUGCGUGUGAUGUCUGUGGGGAACAACGGAGCAGCCACCAGACAGAUCCGGCGAAUCCUCCUCCACCCUAAGUACGACCAGUUCACCUCCGACUACGACAUCGCCCUUCUGGAGCUCAGCGCUCCCGUCUUCUUCAAUGACCUGGUGCAGCCUGUGUGCGUCCCUGCCUCCUCACACACCUUCACCACAGGGACCAGCUGCUACGUAACAGGCUGGGGGGUCCUCAUGGAGGACGGUGAGCUGGCCUCUCGCUUACAAGAGGCCUCAGUGAAGAUCAUCAACAGGAACACCUGUAACAAGCUGUAUGACGACGCUGUAACUCCCAGAAUGCUGUGUGCUGGGAACUUGCAGGGAGGUGUGGAUGCCUGCCAAGGUGACUCAGGAGGUCCGUUGGUGUGUCUGGAGCGCGGCAGACGGUGGUUCCUGGCGGGGAUCGUGAGCUGGGGCGAAGGCUGCGCGAGGCAAAACCGUCCUGGCGUCUACACACAGGUGGUGAAGUUCACCGACUGGAUCUAUCAGCAGACCAGAGGACAGGUGUGACUGACACGGGCAAGAACGACAGACUUAACACAUGGGACAGAGGUUUUCACACGUGGAGUCUGUCUGCAGACUGAUGGCGACACAUUCAGACAGUUUUGGGGAACAUGUUCACUGGAAACACCAGUGGGAGCAUCGUCUCUACCAACCAGCUCCUGUAAAAUCCCUGCUAGCCCAGACCUGGUCUGAAAACAUCAACAGAAUGUGGACGAGUACAAAAACAUCACCACUAAAUUAACUUGGUUCUGGUCAUUGUACAUAAUUAUUAGACUUUGGUUGGAAUGCCUCACAUAGACUACAAACUCGAUAAUACAACAUUUUACACUAUACUGUUAAGUAACACUUCAAAGUCUUUCUGCACAUGUAGCUUAAACUUUGGGUCACAAUUUUUGUUAUCAGCAAAAAUAUUGUAAAAUGUCAUCUGCCAAUAUUAGGAUCCAAAAUGGUGAAAAAUUGGAAUUCAUCAAAACAAAAAACACUGUAUAGUCUAUAGUUUUCACCCAGGGUCCCAGGCAUUUGUUGGGUAUCAGCAAAAAUAUUUUAAAGUGCCUUUUACUAAUUAAAAAAAUGGAUACUAUUAAAAGAGUUUCGGGGGAAAACCAAGUUAUCUCAGACAUGAAAUGACUCCUAUGCUUCAUUAAAGGUUUUUUCCACUUUCUACAGAUCUUUGCUGUAUAAGGCCUCUGUUGAGCUGCACUUCCUGUAACUACCAUCUUAGAACAGGAACAUGAAUCCAUAUUGAAGUCGUUUAAGUUGCUCUGCCUAUAAAAAAAACUUAAAGAAGUAUUACUUUCAAUCUAUUAAAUGCAGGUUGUGAUCUACAAUUUUGACAGCUUAAUGGUACAUUUCAAGUCUCCACAAUUGGCACCAUGUUUCUGUGCUAAUUACAACAGGGUCAAUGACAAUGUCAUUUGUCGACAACAAAAACCACUUUGGUCUUUUUUGUCGAAUGUGGAACAAGUUCUCCUCCCAUGAGUAUGUAACCGUGUAUUUUCGCCCUCAUCCGUACGUCCAUGUACUGUAUAUGUGUGUUCACGACUCUGCACGUGUUGUUUCUGUACUGUGUGUGUGUAUGGAUGUGCAUUUGUAUAUCGUGCGUUUAUCUGAGUCAUAGCCUUAUGUUGAAUAUAUUCUGUAGCGAAUAAUCCCACAGUAGGAGGUGGUAAUAUAUUUUGCAUUUCAGAUUCACUGUGACGUGUUAAUUUAUCUCUAUGGUGCCUCGUCUCCUCUCUACCGUGUGCUCAGUGACAAGCAGGAUAACAGCUGCUCUAAAAACCACCAUGCAGUAGAUGCUGGUGGAAUAAAUAAGAUAAUCAGGUGAAAAACUGUUUCAAACAUUUUAUCCAUUCUGCUCUCCCCUCUUAUUCAGCUCUUAUCACCACCCAGUGGCCAGUCUGUGCCACAGUCUCUCUCACUGUAUCCCCAGAGGGAGCGAUGGCACCUUUCUCCCACACCGCUGCUCAAAGAUACCACUUAACAUGCCUUUAUAUUAAAGACACAGUUUCCUUCGCAGCAGAUCAGAAGUGUGUUUCUCAUCCAGACCUUUGCUCUCGCUGUAUUUUUAUUUUAACAUUUCGAAACUUUGGUUGGGGGGGGUAUCUGCUUCAACUGUAAUUGGUGCUUUUAACUGAUAAGAGAAGGAGGCAACAGUAACUUGUAUCAAUAUUUGGA